AUGUCAGAAUCAGCGUCGUCAAAUCCCGAUUCCGCCACACCUGAAAGCCUCACAGGCUCCACUGAGGACUCCAACGCUGAAGAGCCUGUGACCUUCGAGUCCCUAGGUGUAUGCCCUGAGCUCUGCAAGGCAUGUGACGUCCUACAAUGGAAGCAUCCCUCCAAGAUCCAGGAGGAGACGAUUCCCUAUGCUUUACAAGGAAGGGACCUCAUCGCCCUGGCAGAAACAGGCAGUGGGAAAACCGGAGCGUUUGCUAUUCCUAUAAUCCAGAAGCUCCUCGAUGCGGCUCCUCAUCGGAAACUAACCUGGGCCUGCGUACUCGCCCCCACUCGAGAGCUCUGCGUGCAGACUGGCCAGCAGUUCGAAGGUCUUGGUGCCAGCAUUAACCUCACUACUGCCACCAUCGUUGGUGGUCUCGACAUGGUCACACAGGCUAUGUCCCUCUCUAAGAAGCCUCAUAUUAUAGUGGCAUCACCUGGUCGCCUAGUUGACCAUCUAGAGAACACCAAGGGCUUCCACUUGAAAACUAUCAAGUUCUUGGUCAUGGACGAAGCUGAUAGGCUCCUGGGUAUGGACUUCGAGGACGCCCUCAAUAAGAUCGUCCAGUCGUGUCCUCGAGAUCGACAAACCUUCCUCUUUUCCGCGACUAUGACCAAUAAAGUUUCACAACUACAACGGGCGUCUCUUACCAGGCCUGUCAAGUGCGAAGUUGCACGGAAGUAG